AAAAGUCGAUUCUUUUUAAAUCUGAUGCCAUGAAUUUCCGUUCAGAAAGGGAUUAUUGCCCUCGUCAUCAUCUUCAACCUUUUCUUGCUUUCUUUCUAUAACAAAUCUCUCUCUAGACCCUGGAAUUGUUCGCGUGUCAAAAACGUAAAUCGAAACGCCAAACAAUUCCUCGUCUUGUUUAUGUUAUCCGAAACUGGCGGUUUCACUUUCCCGGGGAGAUUAAAAAAAAGAGAGAGACAUAAAAGACGGUUUUGUUCCCAUUGUAGUUGAAGAAAACUCUGUCUUUGUCGCAGAGAGAAAGAGAGAGAGGGGGGGAUCAGAAUCGCAUAACCUCUGCACCUCUCUCAUCCUUUCUGUGGUUUCUGCAAUUUCUGUCCAUUUCAUCCUUCAAAAAGAUCCAUAGCCAUGGACAGGAGCUCAAUGCCAUCAAAUCUUGAAUGGUUCUUGAACUGCACCACCCCCAUAGCAAAUUCCCAGUUUUUACCCAAGAGUGAGACAGGGAGCCUGAAUAGGCUAUGGCAUCCAGUGGAGAGGGAGGGGUGUGAGUACUUCACUUUAGCUGAUCUUUGGAGCUGUUAUGAUGAAUGGAGUGUUUAUGGGGCUGGCGUUCCUCUCCGUUUGGACAACGGCGAAACAAUUGUUCAAUAUUUUGUUCCUUAUCUGUCUGCACUUCAAAUCUUUACGAGCAGCGCCUCGCUAAACUCCCUAAACUGUCUAAGGGAGGAAAGUGUUUCGUCAUGUGAAACAAGGGAUUCAUAUAGUGAUUCGUUGAGCGAAGAGAGCGAGAGUGACAAGCUCUCAAGAUGGGAUGGAAGUUCCUCUGAGGAGGGCAACCCGGAGCACGAUAGCCUCUUGCAAGCAAAUUCUAGAUUGGGAUACCUAUAUUUCCAGUACUUUGAGCGAUCCACACCGUAUGGAAGGGUUCCUCUCAUGGAUAUGAUUAGUGGCUUUGCUCAAAGGUACCCCGGAUUAAUGUCAUUAAGAAGCGUUGAUCUUUCGCCUGCUAGUUGGAUGGCAGUUGCUUGGUACCCAAUAUAUCAUAUUCCCAUGGGAAAAACCAGCAAGGAUCUGUCCACUUGCUUUCUCACAUUUCACACCAUUUCAUCUUCUUUUCAAGAUGCCGAGGUCGAAUGUGACUUGAAGAGUGUGGGUGGGAAUCAGAAGGGUGGAGGCGGCAGUGGGGUCCCACUCCCGCCAUUCGGGCUGGCUUCGUAUAAGAUGCAAGGGGAUGUUUGGGUGUCGGAAAAAAGUGGCAAGGACCAAGAGAGGGUGGUGUCACUGUUGAGCGUAGCGGAUUCUUGGCUGAAGCAGUUAGGGGUCCAACACCACGACUUCAACUACUUCGUCGGUAAAGAAGGUGGAGAAAUAAAUAAGGGAGUUGUGGUAAAGGGGAGUAAAACUGGUAAUUUAACUGCAUCAACAUCAACAAGAUGCCAAAGCAAGAGAGAUGUUGAGGACGAGGUUGAUGAAGAUGAUGAAAAUGAAGGUUGUGAAGAUGGAGAGGAGGAAGCAGAUGAAGAUGCGGCAUAUAAUGAAGAGUGCAGUAAUGAGGAUGACAAAGAGUUGGGUUCCUUCAUUUUCCUCUAAACAGAUAGUGUGUGUUUUUGUUUCUACCUUGUGAUGUGCUUCAGUUGUGUCAUGCUUCAGCCAAAGAAGAUUAGGGUAGUAGGACUUAUGAAUGUUUUGGGAUAUUUGUUAAAAGUAUAUUCAUGCAAAUAUAAAUAAAGAUCACUUAAUUGA